GAUUGACACGUUGGAUCUAUUUUUGGAUGACCUGGCAAAACCAGGACAGCGCCAAUGUUCGCGUUAGAUAUGGAUGUUCGUUAUUCAGGUGAGCUGCUGUAAACAUCGAUAACGUUUGAUGGACAGUCGCCAUGGAGGACCUCUUAGAAGAACGAUUCUGUUCUAUUGACACAGAAAUAUCAAAUCAAAAUCAAUACUUGCAACAACAAUUCGAAAAACAAAACCGACAAAAUGAUGAUAUUCGACAGGCAUUGUCUCAAAUUGCAGUACGACUAGGAACACCUGCAACAGACGAUCUAAUAAAGCUUACAGAUGAAGCCACAGACAGAGGUAGAGGAGACAAACGAACGUUUGGUGAUUUACUCUGCCUUGAAUCAAGCGACAAACAGACUUCUGAUACUGCCGGAGUUGACGUACACAAGAACACAAAAUUAGAAUUAAAGACGUUAACCUAUUCGAAACACCUGGAGACCAGUUUGAUAACUUCUCAGGAUCCUCAUAUAACAACUGCAUCGAAGGGCAAGACUGUACCAAUACAGCCGGACAUACAGAAUGCAGAUGCAACACCAAUCCAAACGUCUGUUAUUGUCAGUCAGAGUAAUUGGAAAGAAGACUCAAAACGUAUGCCAUCUACCGUGAGAGCUAAGCUGGAGCAUGCUGAAAAGAGUGAAUCGAAAGUAUCCCGGGGAAAGCCGUCGAUGGAAAAACACGAAUCUGAAAAUGAUCAUAAAAGAAAAGGACAUGAUAAUCAACAGACAGAAAAUGUUCAUAAACAAACACCUGAGGCAAUGAAGGGUUCAUUUCAGAAGGCUGGGGAUGAUACAUGUAGAAAUGAUGAACUGAAACGUCAAAGCAGUGCCGCGAACACUUUGGGACACAACAAACACAAACCUGCCAGCUGGAAUAGUCAACAAGGUGUUAAAUCUACUGCAAGCUCUCUUAAUAAAUUCAGCAAUGGUAUGGAACAAAUUGGAGCCUUUUCCCAACUCAAUGACUAUGGCACUGACUACGUAGAAACAUGUAACUCAACAUCGUGUUCCAUAACCCCUGAUCUGUCUUCUGUAACUUUCUUUUCCGACAAUGAUGACCCAUAUGACUAUAACGAUGAUAUACCGCAAUCAUAUCCAGGUGACCUUGGAAAUGCCCAGCUUGCAUACACGUACAAGGUCAACCAUUUAGUAUGCCCUUUCCACGGCCAUGUGUUGAGCGUAAGAGAAACACGUUAUAUACUAACAAGUACUAAUGGAUGUCAGAAGAAAUGGACAAGGAUAGAUAAGUACAGACCCGGAGAGAAACCACCAGAUUUCAUGAACGAUUUACCUUAUGAACUCGUGCCUACAACCCGACCAAGGGCGAUACUCACGAAACAACUUCCUACUCGGAGCAUCAACGAACUAAAAGAGUCAGUACUAAGAUCAAAAGUUGGAGUAUCUAAAGACAAAUUCAGUGGUUCCCCCAAGGGACACCUGAUGCAUACACUGUAUCAAAUGAAAGAGAUCGUCGAUGAGAAUGUAGACAUGUGGACGCCAGUUGAAGAGGCUCUCAAGAAAGAGGAGAUAGAAGUCCCAAGAUGUGAUGUGGGUGUUGAUACAAUUUUGUGUCUCGACAACUCUGGUACUAUGCCAAGAGAGGCUUACAUUCAGAUCAAGGAGUUGGCAAUGGACUUUAUCAAUGGUAUCGAAGAUGUUGCAGAAUCGCACGACCUUGAAGAAAAUAUUGGAGUGGUAACUCUUGGCUCCCGGGCAACUGUGCUUCAUCAUUUAUCCAAUGACUAUGGAAGCCUGAGGGAAGUAAUCGCUCAAGUAGAAUGCGGGGGUUUACCACCUGAUCACUGUCUUCAACUCCAAGGAUUGUUGCUGUGUCUUGCUGCCAUGACAAAGGGUGGCAUAUGUAACUUUGGUGGAAGGACAAGAGUGCCCCCUCGAAUAAUCUUUGUGACAGACGGACUGACAGUUGGGAAGGUGCAUCAACAACCCAACAAGACACAUGAUGCGGAACUAUUAUUCGCUGCACUGGAACACAUGGGUAGCGCGUUUGUGAGGGACAAUGUAGUGGGCCCAAUUCAGGUUGUUCCUUAUGGUGAAGCAAAACAGGCCUUUUUAAGUCGGUUUUUGAAAAGAUGCAAGGGGAACCUGACUAAUGUAACAGAAGCAUGCAACCAGCACUGGGUUCAGAAAAUCAGCGUUCAGAUCAUUGAUUUUAUGACUAGAGAAAAGGACGCUAAGAAAGCUGAGGUGCCGGAUGUAGAUACAGUUGUUACAGCCGUUUGCUCCGAAUACAGUCAACGAGAAAAAAAACAGAUUUCCGAAAUUGUCAGAGACAAGAUGAGUGAGAUAAAAGGCCGGUUAGGACUUACAGACGUGUUUGACAAUAUCUGUAUUGAGGCAGACCUUCCUGAUCUGGGGACGAGAGUUGUUCGAGGACCUGAUUGGCGGUGGGGCGACCAAGACGAUGGGGGUGCAGGGACAGUUAUCAAUCAUGCAGAAGAUGGAGAGUCUAUGUGGGUCUUAUGGGACAAUGGCUUCAACAACGUAUACAGAUACGGUGUCACCGGCAACUAUGAUGUCCUCAUCGCUGAUGACCAGCCACGCCUGAUGGAAGAGGAAGGUGUCAUAGACAUCGGGAUGCAGGUGGAACGAGGACCAGACUGGCGAGAUAUAUCAGAUCAAAAUGGCAGUCCUGGAUUGUAUGGAACAGUCAUACGGAAAAGAAACUGUAGAGUCAUGGUUAAAUGGGAAAACUCUACAAUGCACGAAUACAGCUUUGGUGAAGGGGGACAAUUUGAAGUCUCCAUCCGUGAUUCCCUUAAAUGUCUUCGGGAUCAAAUGCCACAUAUGCACAAUGACGAUGAACAUUGCCUGCAAGAAAUACACAAGUCAGGUGCUAAACUUCAAGAAGAUGAUGGAAGAUCAGGUUCAGAUGGGAUAGGUGAUUCAUACGUGUGGCAAUGGCGUGACAAAGUUAACAAAUGGCGUUCAUAUUCCGAGGGGGACAAUAAGAAAUUGAAAGCAUCUUACAAGAAAAGGCCUGGUGGAUCAUGUCUCAUACAAAAAGAUGGGAGGAGUUUCAGAGUUUUGUUCAAAUCACUUGUUGAAAAAUCCAUUGAAGAUGGCUCUACUACGGCUGUGAGGAAACUUGAUGGAAUGUAUUGAAGAACCUCCGAAAUAAGAAAGAAUCAGUGAUGUGGUGAAAUUGGAUAUAACGUUGAUAAAAGCGUUGACAUAACAUUCACCGUAUUGUACUGGAGA